AUGUUCCAAAGGCAUCAUCAGACUUUGAACCUAUAUAUGCAUACCAGACAUCAGAUGUCAGUUAUAUCAUUGGCAAACACCGCCCAUCUCGAUUUUCAAUCGUUGUUUUCUUGUCUUCUUUUUUCUGUUUUCUCGUUGUCAUAUAUGGCAGAACGGAGGCAACUUUUUCGUUUCCGACUCCCGUGGCUGUCAGCUGCAGCCACUCCACGUCCUACAGCUCAAAGUGAAGUCCCUUCCCAACCAAGCACUACGACAUCUAUCCAACAGCCACCAUUUCGGCCUCCAGGGAUCGCACCAGUACAGACUGCUCCUACGCAGGCUCGAGUGCCAGGGCAAAAGACAGAACCCCAGCCAGAUGCAACAUCACGUCCAGCUACUUCACGGCCAACAUCAACGCCUCGACAUAAAAUCAGAGGUUCUUCAGUUCCACCAUCAGCAUCUCGUAGAGUAACAGACAAGCAAGGGAUGUCUCGGCCAGUAUCAGCAUCUCAUGGAACAGUUCAAACUCAGGCUACCUCUCAAACGUGGUCACCAGCAAGGGCUAUCUCUGUGCCCCCAUCUCCAUCUCGCAUGGUUUCUCAGCCUCAAUCAAUAGCGCAGGCAGUCUCCAAGCAACAAUCUUCAUCCCGUUUGGCCUCUCAGCAAACAUCUCCACAACCCUCUUCUCCAUCACUUCGAGACGUGUCUGCACCAAAAGAUUCUCCAACAGCUAUACAAGAAAGGUCCCAACCUCCAAGUUCUACUCAACCCCCACCAUCUGCCUCUCAUCAACAGACUCAACCAUUUGGUGUUGCAGAAAUUGCACCAAUUACUGGCACAACUAUGGAAACACCUUCAGCACCACUAAAGCCAAAGGAAAGAGUGGAAAGGAAGAAGGUUCAAGAAGAACACGGGAAAGCAACAGCAAAGGGUUCAACUCAUGAAGAGCCAGAGCAGGGAACAACUACAAAACUCCUUGCUGCAGCAACAGAUGCUGGGACAAAAACCAAAGAGCAGUUAAUGGCUGCUCUGGAAACAGGAAAACGACACCAGCAGAAGCAAGAUGAUAUGGAAAUAAAGAAGACAUUGAAAACCUCAAGCAAUGAUGAAAAACAAAUCAAAACCGUGAGUUCAGCAUAUCCAAGAAACUGGAGCAUACCAAAUAAAGCUCAUGAAAAGCAUGUCUCUUCAAAUUGGGAACAAGUUCCCCUCCAGAACGAGAUCCGAGAAGAUGUUUGUAAGUUUGUUCAUAAGCUCACCACAGAGCAACUGGAGCUACCUACAGAUGAAAAAUCAAUCAGUGUCGUAACACUAGCCGGAGAAAAUAGAGGGGCAUCUUUUCACUUAGGUUCAGAAUCAAGCAAAAAGGAGGGAUUAGUUCAUAUUCACCGGGGUUAUAAGAUCAACCCGGAUGACAGCCCUGAUGCUACCACUGAUGGAGAAGAAAGCUCCAGGGGAAGGAAGCCUAAGGAUUCAGUAACCAAAGAAAAUCCAGCAUCAACAGCAUAUGCCAAUAAUAACAUACAAAGCAUUAAUAAUUCAAUUGUGUGUGAAAGUUCUGUGAAUGCAAGAAAUCCAGGUGUUUAUCUGGAACUUAUACACAAUUUAGCAGAAUCAACCAAGUCUAAAGCAAAGGAAGAGCAUACCGAGCCAGGCAAGACUAGAUUUAAUAUCACACCAGCAGAGAAGCGUACAUAUGAACCUACGGUACGAAGAAGAUGCCUCAGAGGGCUUUUUGCAGAAUCAAGUGACUCGGACCCUGGUAAUCCUGAAAAGCCUCGACGACACGGUUGUCGCUUCAACUGUGGGGGAAAGAACAAACAAAAGGAGAUGGAGGAUCUCUGACCAUAUAAAUCGCAACUUUGUAAGAAUUACCUGCCAGUUUUCAGACAGCAUAUGCAAACAAGAUAUAGAGAAUGAUAACUAUACAUUGAUAAUAAUGAUGCCAUAUUGUCCACAGCCAAGCUCCAGAUCCAUAACCUUUUGUAAUUUCAUGAUAUAUUGUUAUGUAAAGCAAAAUGCAUUUUGUACUGCAAUCUGCAAGUAAAUACCAAGAGGGAGAAAAUUUCCUCAGAUAUUUUUCAUGACAGUAAAUGUAAAAGCUGCAGCAUGUGAUAAAA